AUGCCAACAGCCGCAUUGCAACCGCCUUUGACAAGAACUUCGCCGGAAGCAUCCAAAUCAACUCCAGAAACAUCGAGAACAACGACAUCGCAAAUCCAACUUCAAUUAUAUUCGUGCCUCCAAUGCAAGCACCGCAAGGUGAAAUGUGACCGUGUCGAUCCUUGCUCUAAUUGUCAGAAGGCCGAUGCUGAGUGUAUUUAUCGUACUCCGGUCCCUCCGAAGCGUAAAAAGCGGAAGCACCAGCAAGAGAUCUUCGAAAAAGAAUCUUGUGCAGGGACUGGGGAUGCUGACGCCGUGUUACUCGACUCUGACAGCACCACAUCGCGCGAACAAGAGCUCCUCGAGAAGGUUCGGAAAUAUGAGAGCUUGUUGAAGGAACUGGGCGCAUUGAAAAGGUCGACUGUUCGGUCUACAGAAAAGAGAGCACGUAAACUCACAUUGACUGACCGACCAAAGCAUCCUGCAACUGAGACCGGCCACACCACAGACUUAGUAGCUCGUGGAGCUGGCAAGUUAAUUGCAGACUACGGCAGGUCGAGGUAUCUAGAAAACAAGCUUUGGACGAGUGUGACGGACGAGUUCCAGGACCCGAAAGAUAUGUUGGAGGAAUCGUCCCAGGAUGAGGAUGCGGACGGGGAUAAUCGUAGCGGUCUCAUCGAAAGCGAAGCCGCGGGAUAUCCAAGCCACCAAGGACAGCAGUGCAUCACUCCUAGUCCAGCUGACUUGAUAUUUCCUCCCAAAGCAAACGACCAAGCCCUCGGCCUGAGACUCAUGCACCCAGAGCCAACGCAAAUCUUCCUCCUUUGGCAAGCCUUUGUGGACAAUGUGAAUCCGCUGGUGAAAAUAAUUCAUGUACCAACCGCCCAGAGAGCAGUACUGAAUGCAAUGGCCAAUCUAGAUCAUGUCUCGAAAGGGAUGGAGGCGCUAUUAUUCGGAAUCUACGUUAUCGCCGUGACAUCCAUGGAAGAGGGGGAAUGCCAAAGCACGCUCUUAGAGAGUAAAGUCUCCGCACUAAAAAGGUUCAGGUCAGGCGCACAGCUGGCUUUGAAAGCGGCAGGGAUCUUGAAGACUAGCGACAUGAUGGUGCUGCAGGGCUUCGUGCUCUUCUUGCUAUCAGCGCGUCUGUGCUAUGACGCCCCCUCACUCUGGUCUUUGACGGGGAUAUGCCAACGUAUCGGCCAGCGAAUCGGCCUUCACAGAGAUGGAGAGCGAUUAAGCCUAUCCCCAUUCGAAACGGAAAUGCGACGUCGCCUCUGGCUCGUCAUCGUCCAACUCGACUCACGCGUCGCCGAGCUGUCCGGAUCUGGCCUGUCCAUCAUAACACAGCCAUGGGAUACAAAGCCACCGCUGAACGUCAAUGACUGUGACCUCUAUCCCGGCAUGCAAGAGCCGCCAACAGAGCAAGUCCGAGCCAGCGAAAUGAUGUUCGUUCUCCUCCGAGCGCAGAUCGGAAUCUUCCUCACGAAGGAGAAACCCGUGAUUGACACUUUCGACGGCGUCUUCUCAAGAUUCAGCGACCCAACCGUUCUCAUGGCCGAGAAGAAGCGUGAAAUCGACGAGCUCGAACAGAUGCUCGAGGAAAGCCUCAUUCUGCACUGCGAUCCACAAAUCCCUCUCCAUCAAAUCACAUCCGUCAUCGCGAAAGCCACGGUCUGCAAAAUGCGGCUAUUUGCACACCUACCUCGCGUUACGCGAAGGGAAUCCACCACAGCCACAGAGUCUGUCUCCUCCAAAGGCGCAUCAUCUGCUGCCACCGCCGAAGAAACACUCCUCUUCGAGAACAGCCUCCAGAUUCUGCGAUACCACAUCCAAAUCCGCACCACCGCCUCUCUCCGUCGCUUUCUCUGGCACACGCAGUUCCAAUGGCAGGCCUUGAUCUAUCUGCUUGCAUAUCUGCGGACGCAUCCGAGCCCUGAGCCACGCACAGAGGCGGCGUGGACGACCCUGGACACGCUUUUCACCAGCCACCCCGAGAUCCUCAGUGGAGAUCGCACGCAGAGCAAACUUUGCACGGCUGUUAGCAUCCUCACGCUCAAGGCGUGGGAAGCGAGGGAGAACGAAUCUCGUCGGUCAAAUAAUGCCGCUCCUGGAGGAGCCCACCCGCCGUCUUGGAUCGCGUGGCUUCGCGGGCAAGGCCUCCUCCGCCGCACAGCAGCAGUUUCCCACCGUGUUGUAUCUUCCCCGCCUAAAGCGCCAGCGUUGGCGGCGACGAUACCGCCACUCAAGGAAAGUCAGACCGCGCACGCGCAUGCAACGGAUAGCCCUAGUAAAGGAGGAAACCCGCCUGACCAUGAGAUCGACACAUUCAAUCCCAUCUUCCCACUCGACAUCAACGGCGGCGGCCCCCAAGCAGCGAUACAGCCCUUCAAUAACACCACCACCACUGCGGAGGAUCUAUCAUGGAUAGAUGCAAACCCCAUGGAUUGGGAGAACUGGAACUCAAUAUAUGAGAGCUUCGAGAUUCAGGAGCAGUGGGGUGAUGCAUUUGGUUACCCUGCCCCUUUCCUUGAGCAGUAG